GAAAGAGAGAAAGAGAGAAGAGAGAAGAGAGAAGAGAGAGGAGAGAGAGUAUGUGUGUGUCUCGUCAAAUACGAUGGAAGUCGUUUUCAUGGAGGCAGCGAUGAAGUUUCAGGAGAGAGAAGAUGAGAAGGAGAAGAAACACGAUAAUGGAUUCUCCUGCUAAACGCGGAAAUGUCGUAAGCUUUGAUUCGGUGCUUUAAAAGGGAUUCCGCUAGGAACUCGGUUGCAGCGUUCUGAAGAUUCAGGCAACAACUUGGAAGUGGAAGAAGAAGAGAAGAAGAACAGGGGAUCGAGACGCUCUGUAAAAGUCAAGUUUGGGGAAAAAGGUUUUGUUGGAUUUCGUCAGAAGCAGUAAAAUAAAAAGUGGCGGAGCUUUUGAAACCCUAAUUUGGUAUCUAUGGCUUCGGCUGCUAUUUUCUCCUCUUUGCGAAGAAGAAGAUCGCCUUCCUUGGAGGCUUUCUUGGCUCCUGUUCAUCUCAGCGAAGUAGCCCUUGUUCAGGCCCUUGGUAUCGUCGCUAAUGAGUUGAUGUCUUUCUCACAUCACCCGCAUCCUUUCCAGAAACGAAAUUCUAGAUCCCUGAUUCGGAAAAUUGAUGUCUUCGUCAUCCUCUUUGAUUAUCUCAGAGACUCUGGCCGCAGUCUCCCCUCCUCUGCUAUUCUUUGCCUAAAGGAGCUUUAUCUACUCAUAUACCGAUCGAAGAUACUUCUAGAUUACUGCUCUCAGUCGAGCCGGUUGUGGCUUCUAUUACAGAAUUCUUCGAUUUCUGGCCACUUCCAUGACCUGAACCAGGAAAUAUCCACUAUCCUCGACGUUUUGCCAUUAAAGGAACUUGGUCUAACUCAGGACAUCAGAGAACAGAUUGAGCUGCUGAGCAAACAGGCUAGAAGAGACAAGCUGUUUAUUGAUCAACAUGAUGAUGAGCUGAGACGGCGACUCUAUUCAUUCCUUGACGAAUUUGAGCAGGGAAAGAUACCUGAUACUGCAGAACUGCAGAGUUUCUUCAUGGACAGAUUGGGAAUUCGGGAUGCCAAAAUUUGUAGAGCUGAGAUUGAAUUUCUGGAGGAGCAGAUUUGUAACAACGAGGGGGAUGUUGAACCUACUGUGUCACUACUCAAUGGGUUUGUUGCUCUCACAAGGUACUGCAGAUUCCUGCUUUUUGGAUUUGAGGACGAAGAAGUAGGUUCUGGGAGUCAGAAGAAAACACGGGGUGGUCUUGUAUAUCAAGAAAUUGGGGACACUUUCCUUACCAUUCCAAAGGAUUUCUGUUGCCCAAUCUCGCUAGAUUUGAUGAGAGACCCAGUUAUAAUCUCAACUGGCCAGACCUACGAUCGAGCUUCUAUUUCCCAGUGGAUGGAGGAAGGUCAUUGUAGCUGCCCAAAGACGGGGCAGAUGCUUUCUCAUACACGUCUUGUUCCCAAUAGAGCUCUCAGAAACCUUAUUUCUCAGUGGUGCACAGCUCAUGGAAUUCGCUUUGAUCCACCGGAGAACCUGGAUCCACCAGCAGAAGUUGUCGCCAUGCCAACUUCUACUAAGGCUGCAAUUGUAGCUAAUAGGGCAACGGCUGAGCGUCUCAUCCAACAGCUGUCAAAUGGAUCACAGGGGGCAAAAACAGUUGCUGCUCGUGAGCUGAGGUUGCUAGCAAAGACAGGGAAGGAGAACCGUACUUUUAUUGCAGAAGUAGGAGCAAUUCCCCUUCUUCGACAGUUACUCUCAUCACCAGACCCAGUUGCACAAGAGAAUUCAGUAACUGCAAUCCUCAACCUAUCCAUUCAUGACAAAAACAAGAGCCGGAUUAUGGAAGAAGAAGGAUGUUUGAAAUCUAUUGUUGAAGUUCUAAGAUUUGGGCACACAACAGAGGCAAGGGAAAAUGCUGCGGCAACACUUUUCAGCCUCUCUGCAGUUCAUGACUACAAGAAGAGAAUCACAAGCGAGGAAGGGGCAGUUGAAUCCCUGGCAGGACUUUUGAGAGAGGGAAGCUUGAGAGGAAAGAAGGAUGCUGUAACAGCACUGUUUAAUCUGUCCACACACUCAGAGAAUUGUGAGAGAAUGAUAGAGUCAGGUGCAGUAACAGCCCUGGUGGGAGCAUUGGGAACUGAAGGAGUAGCAGAGGAAGCAGCCGGUGCAUUGGCCUUGAUUGUUAGGCAACCAAUUGGGGCUGAAGCAGUUGAGAACGAGGAGCUUGCAGUGUCAGGAUUGAUUGGAAUGAUGCGAAGGGGAACUCCAAAGGGUAAAGAGAAUGCAGUGGCAGCAUUGCUUGAGUUGUGCCGGAGUGGUGGCACUGCUACAACUCAGAGGGUGGCUCGGGCACCAGCAUUGGCAAGCUUGCUUCAGAGUCUACUAUUUACAGGUACAAAGAGAGCAAGACGAAAAGCAGCAUCACUUGCUAGAGUUUGCCAGAGGUGUGAGGCUGCAGCAUUGCCCAUGGAAGGGUAUGGAGUUGGAUAUGCAUUUGUUGGCAACUCGGCUUCAGAUCGGAGUUCAAAUUUUGCUGGGGAUGUGUCUGUUCCAGUUUCAAUAUCUGUGCCGGUUUUGUAGCAGCAUACAUCCCACUGUAAUUCCAAAUCAUUUUUUGUUCUCCAUUGUUGUUGGUAAUAUUUACAUUAUAUUCUUUCAUUGAACUGUCAAGGUGACGAGUGGGACAAGAAAAAUUAAAAGAAUACAAUACGUGAUAUGUUUAGCAAGAGCUGUGUGUGUUAUGAACAUACAGGUCACGUUAUUUUCUCUCUUUCUUUUAUUCUUUUUCGACAGGCGAUUGCAAGUCAAGAACAACCUUUUGCAAUGAUUCAACUGCA